UGUUUUUGUUUCAGACCCACAGAGGCGCACCUCCUGAUCUCACCUGACAAUGGAAAUGAAGAAGUCACCUGAUGGCGGAUGGGGCUGGGUGAUCGUGCUUGUCUCCUUCUUCACUCAGUUUCUGUGCUAUGGGUCCCCGAUAGCGGUUGGAGUCUUGUACUUAGAAUGGCUGGAUGCCUUUGGUGAAGGGAAAGGAAAAACAGCCUGGGUUGGAUCCCUCGCAAGUGGAGUCGGCUUGCUUGCAAGCCCUGUCUGCAGCCUCUGUGUCUCAUCGUUUGGAGCAAGACCUGUGGCGAUCUUCAGUGGCUUCAUGGUGGCCGGAGGCCUAAUGCUGAGCGGGUUUGCCCCUAACAUCUACUUUCUGUUUUUUUCCUAUGGCAUUGUUGUAGGUCUCGGAUGUGGCUUAUUGUACACUGCAACAGUGACCAUUACGUGCCAGUAUUUUGACAGCCGCCGAGGCCUCGCACUUGGACUGAUUUCAACAGGUUCAAGUGUUGGACUUUUUAUAUAUGCCGCUCUGCAGAAGCUGCUGAUUGAGCUCUAUGGACUGGACGGGUGCCUGCUGAUUGUGGGGGCUUUAGCUUUAAAUAUAUUACCCUGCGGCAGUCUGAUGAGACCCCUCCGGUCCUCCGACUGCCCUUUGCCUGAGAAAACAGCUCUGGAAAAUGUACCAGACAGAUACUCCAUUUACAACGAAAAAGAAAAGAACCUAGAAGAAAGCAUAAACAUCCUUGAAAAGAGCUACGGAGGCGAGGAGACCUGCAGGAGCACGCUGGCCAAUGGUGACUGCAAGCAGGACAGCCUCCUUCGCCAGAACCCAGCAGCCACGGCACACGCAAAGGAGACGGAAACCUACAGAAAGAAGGUGGCAGAACAGACAUAUUUUUGCAAACAGCUUGCCAAGCGGAAGUGGCAGUUAUAUAAAAACUACUGUGGAGAAACUGUGGCUCUUUUCAAAAACAAAGUGUUCUCGGCACUCUUCAUCGCUAUCUUUCUUUUCGACGUCGGAGGCUUUCCGCCUUCAUUGCUUAUGGAAGACGUAGCAAGAAGUUCAAAUGUGAAAGAAGAAGAGUUUAUCGUGCCUCUUAUUUCCAUUAUUGGCAUUAUGACAGCAGUUGGCAAACUCCUGUUAGGGAUACUGGCUGACUUCAAGUGGAUUAAUACCUUAUAUCUUUACAUAGCUACCUUAAUACUCAUGGGCCUGGCCUUGUGUGCAAUUCCAUUUGCCAAAAGUUAUGUCAUGUUGGCCAUACUUUCUGGGAUCCUAGGGUUUCUUACUGGUAAUUGGUCCAUCUUCCCGUAUGUGACCACAAAGACCGUGGGGAUUGAAAAAUUAGCCCACGCCUAUGGGAUAUUAAUGUUCUUUGCUGGACUUGGAAAUAGCCUUGGACCACCAAUUGUUGGUUGGUUUUAUGACUGGACCCAGACCUAUGACAUUGCAUUUUUUUUCAGUGGCUUCUGCGUCCUGCUGGGAGGUUUUAUUCUGCUGCUGGCAUCCUUGUCCCCCUGGGAAACACGCAAAAAGCAACUCCCCAAGCCAGCUCCAGCAGCCUUUGUGUACAAAGUUGCCUCUAAUGUUUAGAGCAAUAUUGGAAGGCAGUAUGAGACUGUUUUUUUCAGAGAAAAAUUACCCGGUGGCUGAUGCUGACUGAUUUUUUUAAACAUAUCCUAUUCUCUAUGCACCCUCUAUCUCCUGUAUGUUUUCCCCUCAUUUCUCUUUUCCCAAGAAGCGGGACUAUUCUGUGUUGCUAUGAUUCACGAGUUCUUGACAUUGUAAAAAUUUUGGCCAGCCUCAGAGGACAUUCUGUGUGUAGAGAAAUGCUUUCUCUGCAGACUCCAUUCGUUCCAUUGCAAGGCACCCAGAGGGGGCUCUUCUGUUUUAGACCUGCAGGCGGCAUGAUGAGAUAUGUUUGCUUGCCGCGAUGGACUCUCCUCUACAUUAGAUGAGCUAGUGAAUAGAAGACUUUGAGGCAGUCAAGAAAUGAAAGUAGUUACUAAGGAUUAAGAAUUGCAGUGGAGCAAACUGAUUUUUUAAAAAGAGAUUUUAAAUUACAGUCACCGGUUCUAAUCAUUCUGUUCUAUUUACCUUGAUGAAGCACGCAUCGAGCAUAAGGUGUUUGCUGAGAUGCAGGCGAUCUCCAAACGGAGGAGUAGUCACUAUAGCCUUUCUUCAUGGUUGGCCGCUAUAACCUCUCUUACUUUUGUCUGUCAGCAUCCAUGCAGCUGAUGUUUCCCAGGAAGUGCUGAUUUUACCUAUUUCCAAAUUGGAAAUGCAUAUUUAAACCAUUCCGUUCUGGCAAAUGGGAAACAUCCAUUUGCUUCGGGCACAGUGGGGACGAAUUGCAAGUCCUUGCAUAUCUUCUCGGUUUAUUUGCUAUUAUCAGAUUUUACCACUAUCACAUUUUAAUUCAAGGGCAGAGCUAAAAAGUGUGUGUGUGUGUGUGUGUGUGUGUGUGUGUGUAAUGUUCUAAGUAUGUGGGACAUGGGAAGGGGAAAAGGCAAUAAGAAGUUGAUACCCUGAUUCAACUUCAUUCAUUCUUAAGAAAAAUGUUCUGGAAUAAAAUAAAUGUUUAAUGCAUUGACAUUUUUCUAAAUAAAUGUUUUUAAAACUUUUGUAUGCAUCCAAUUCUUCUAUAGGUCCUUUAAAAAAAAUACCACUCUGAGAGACUUUAAUUCUGUAGGUGUAGGCUGUGGGCCACGGACCUAUAUUUUUAAUGUGAUUCUGAUAACGCAGCCGGGGUUGAGAAUGACUGUUGUAAAACUGACAACACAGAAACAUUUAUUCUCUCAACUAAAACAAACAAACAAACAAACAAACAAGAAACCAUUGAGGUGAUGAGUUUUUAUAAACAGCGAAGUGCGAUUCUUUAAAUAGGAGGCACUCUUCCCAUUGUGCCAAAAUUGUUUUUGUUUUUUUCAUUUCUUUUGAAAUACAUAUGUAAGCUUAUUUCAUACGUCUAUGUUGCCUUUCUUCUAAGGCACCUGAAGCACUUGAUAAGCAUGAAUCCCCACAACACCUCAUUGAGGUGGGUAAAUAGUGCUUUUCUAUGCAGUAAACCUGGGGUAUGAGGAGUUUCAUAACUGAGUUAAUCCUACUCAAUAAGGAAAUAAUGGGGCUCCAAAGUGCCUUGGACUUCUGCUCCAUACUCAGAUUUCUGGAAUUUCUGUACCUCAUUUUUUAGUUACUGUCGAGGUUGGUAGAUAAAAUGAGUGACAUUUUAAAAAAAAUUAAACUAAAUGUUUUUGUGUUGUAAGUUCCUUUUUGCCAAUGUUGUAUUCAGGAAGUCCAAUAACCUGAUAAAGCUUAAUGUUUAUGGCGUCCCCACAUUCGUCAAUGUUGAUAAUUGUUCAAAUGCCUCUUUUCUAUGUCUACUAAUGUCAUCCAAUGCGUGCAUUAUCCAUUGUCUAGGGAAUGAAUUUUAAUGAACAAUAAAAUAUUUUUUGUUUGUUUUA